CAGCAGCGGCAGCCCUCGCCCUUCACACCCCCCUCUACAGACAAACUGGAUUGACAGGACGCUUGCAGCAGCACCCCAUGUAAAUAGCAGUGGGAGGCCGUAGUUGCUAGUCAGCCGUCGGGUGGAGAUAGAAAGAGUAAAGGCGUGGGCCGAGGACCGGAAGGACAGUUAACUAGAUAUCUACGGCAUAAACGGUUGUUUUUGAUUUACGCAUCAUCCGCGUCUAGCUAACAACACUUGUAAGCAGCAGCAGCGAGGAUGCCAGACAGAGAGCAACUGAUACAGAAAGCUCGGAUGGCCGAGCAGGCUGAGCGGUACGAUGAUAUGGCCUCUGCGAUGAAACAGGUGACAGAGCUUGGGGAGCCGCUGAGCGAUGACGACCGCAACCUGCUCUCGGUGGCGUACAAGAACGUGGUGGGAGCCAGGCGUUCCUCAUGGAGGGUGACCUCCAGCAUCGAGGCCAGGGUCGUGUCCGACGACAACGAGAAGAAGCUGGAGCUGGUGCGAGCCUACAGGGAGACCAUCGAGAAGGAACUGGAGACCGUCUGCCAGGACGUCCUCACCCUCCUCGACCAGUUCCUCAUCAAGAGCUGCGACGCGGAGCAGCUGGAGGGCAAGGUGUUCUACCUGAAGAUGAAGGGAGACUACCACCGUUACCUGGCCGAGGUCGCCACGGGUGACAAGAACACAGCCGCCGUCCAGGCCUCCGAGGUGGCGUACCGGGAGGCCUACGAGAUCAGCAAGGGCAUGGCUGCCACUCAUCCCAUCCGCCUGGGCCUGGCUCUCAACUUCUCCGUGUUCUACUACGAGAUCCAGGGAGCUCCGGAGCAGGCGUGCCAGCUGGCCAAGGAGGCCUUCGACGAGGCCAUCGGACACCUGGAGAACAUGAAAGAGGACUCCUAUAAGGACUCGACCCUCAUCAUGCAGUUGCUGCGGGACAACUUGACCUUGUGGACCACUGACCAGCAGGCCACCGAGGAAGUGGGGGCCAAUGACUGAGGCCCCCCUUGUCCCCUCCUCUUCUACCUUGGAUAGUCUUUAGCUAGAGUAGCCACAUCAUUUCAUCAGCCCAUUCUGAUUCCCCGUUUCGUCUUCUCCUCCUCUCUCCCCGUCCACUUCCUCAUCCGCCCCCUCUGUCUCGUCGUGUCGUCACGGUGACCUACUUGUGGGGGGGAAAAAGAGGGUUUUGUCAGUUAAGGCCUGCUGCCCGUCCUCCAUUCUUAAGUUUCCUCCUCUCCCGCGUUCACAAGCUCACCUCGACUCUCACUUCCUGUCUCUCUCUCUCUUUGUCUGUCUCUCUCUCUCUCUGUCGGUCUAUAUCGCUCUCUCACUCUCUCUGUGUCUCUCUCUGUGUCGGUCUAUCUCUUUCUCCCCUCCCUAGGUUUUUUGAGCCUGGCCCACUUUCUGUGCACUGGUGGCAUUUGUUUCCUUUUCCCAUUCAUUGUUGCUGAUAAUGAACCGACUGGUUGGUAUUCAAGUGACAUUUAUACAGGAAGUUCCGCGAGGACCAUUUAGUUUGUCUAUCACGAAUUGGGUGUCUGUAACGCUAAUUAGGGAAAUGAUUGAUUUGUUCAGUUGCCCAUCUACAUUCAUUAGAAUGUUGUGCUUUUCCUUGACUGAACCCUGUCACUGUAAGACUUUGGUGACCCAUCCUCUCUGUUUCCUGUGUGUUUUCAUGGACACGCCCUUAUAAGGGCAGUUUGUCUUCACGGGUGAUUGGACGGCGUCUGGUUUUUCAGUUCCAGUUGCCGAAUAAUAAAAACAUGUUUUGUUUUUAUUAUUAUUAUUAUUGUUAAUAUGUGGUCAUUAAAACAAUUCCAUUAAAACAUUACCUACCAUGGGAA